GCCCAUGGUUUGGGGCUCAAAGUUAUGGCUUUUACCAAUUGGAACACGACAAGGGGAUAGAGAGCGAGUGAGCAGAAGAACGAAAGAGAGAAAGUUAGGGAGAUUCAAAGGGGUCGAUUUGAUUUACUCCAUAACCAGAUCAAUCUGUUCCUUCAAAGGUGAUCGAUCCUAAUUUAGGUUGAAAUCUCGAGAUGGGUUUUAUGGUGACGACGCUUAUCUUUGUGGUGAUCGGAAUCAUUGCGUCCAUUUGUACCAGAAUUUGCUGCAACAAAGGACCCUCUGCCAAUUUGUUGCACUUAACAUUGGUUAUUACAGCAACAAUAUGCUGUUGGAUGAUGUGGGCUAUUGUGUACCUUGCCCAGAUGAACCCACUCAUAGUCCCUAUUCUGAGUGAAGGUGAAUGAAAUUUGCCUUCGUGGAGAAGUGUGUUAUCGAAAUUCUUUUUGUGGAAGCAUAGUAUAUGUUUGGCAAUCCAGUGGCAUUUGUUGUGGAGGCCCCAUGAAAAUAUCUGUUUUUAGGUCUCAUGGAUCAUUUUAUAUUUCAUGUUGGAUCUGUGUAACUCAUAUUGGAGUGCAUGAACUUUCAGUUGGAGUUGUAUUGGUCUUUGACGGCAUUUUCCCUUGAAUUGUUACAUUUUUCUCACAUUAAUAGCAGGUGAUCGGAUCGACUUGUAAUUUGAAUGAAAUAAUUGUUUAGAAACAGUUUCUCCUUUGGCUUAUGGGCAUAUAGAAAUAAAAUCUCAUCAAAGUUUUGAGCA